CCCCUAACGCAUUUCCAAUUUCAUAUGAUGAACCGAUAAAAACUACGGCAUUACCAUUAUGUGAACACUAUUCUUUUAUCAACUUUUCAGAUGACUCAAAUGAAUAUAAGCUUAUAAUUUCCCAAAGCCCGGACAAUAUAUCAUUGACGACAAUACCAUCUGAUUCUAAUUCUAUUAUCAGCUUCAAUUCAGUAGAUACGAACGAAGUUAAGCAACGUUUGACUGAAAAUGAUGUACCUGAUUCCAAUUAUUUUAGCAGCUUCUAUCCAGUAGACUCGAACGAAGUUGAAAAUAUACUUACUAGAGAAUAUAAAGCUAUAAUAUCAUUCUGGAUUAGUCAAGGACCUUUGGUUACAAUCCAAUAUGAUUGCGUCCAACAAGUG